UUUUAUAUGUGCAAAAUAUAUUGUAUUGAAGUACUGUGAAAUUGAAUUUUAUUUUAGAAUGAUAUUAAUUUCAUAUAAAUAUAUAGUUAAUAUACUAGCAUUUGUUGUUGCAGUAAAAACAGAUAUACAAAAAAUUCCGAAUAAUAAUGAAUUUUUUUCGUCACAUUCAAAUGAACAAGUUACACAAUAUAAAUACGAAAGUACCGUUCAAUCAGUAGUGACUGAAAAUAAUCAAGAUAAUUCUAUAACUAAAAAUAUAAAUACUGAAUUCAUGCAACAAAUCCAUUCAAGCAAUGAAUUAAAUCUAAAUGAUACUACUAAUGAUCCUAAUGGAGUUCUAAAGUUAGCUGAUAAUGGUAUUGUGAAUAAAUAUCAAUCAUCAAGUUUUUUCAAUGUUAUGCAAUAUACAGUAGACCAAGACUCCAAUGAUUCUAAUGAGACUGCACCGACAGAAACUAGCGACUAUGAGAAAGAUUUAAUAAUGCAACAAUUAAUUUCAUCAAUGAGCUUACAAGCAACUGAUAAAUCUACAGACAUGCUUGAUAAGUCACCUGGAAAUCAACCUCCUACGUCUAAUGGAAACACAAUAGAUGAUACAUCUAAUAAUGGAGGUCCUGGAACAAAUGCCCCACCAGCUACGAAUGCACCACCGGAUACGAAUGCAUCUCCAGCAUCUUUGACAAAUACUCCUUCCGGAGUGGCUACUCCUGAUAUGUACUCCAAUACUACAACUUCGUCCUCGGGAACAAACGGCUCACCGUCUGGUUCUCAAACUAACCUCAAAGGAGAUUUGACCACAGUUCCAAGCGACAAUAGUCCAUAUGGAGCGAUUCCGACUGUAGCAACGUCGAUCUCUAAUUCAUAUGGUUCUCCAUCUUCUCCUUCCAGAGAUUCAACAGACAACACGGAUGGAGGAGAUUAUGAUUAUAAUGGAAGUAUUAAGUCUGGAGAUAAUAGUGUUUUGAGUAAGUACCGAUCGUCCAGUUCUUUCAAACAUAUGCAAUAUACUGCAGACCAAUACUCCAAUGAUUCUAAUGAACCUGCACCGACAGAAACUAGCGACUAUGAGAAAGAUUUAAUAAUGCAACAAUUAAUUUCAUCAAUGAGCUUACAAGCAACUGAUAAAUCUACAGACAUGCUUGAUAAGUCACCUGGAAAUCAACCUCCUACGUCUAAUGGAAACACAAUAGAUGAUACAUCUAAUAAUGGAGGUUCUGGAACAAAUGCCCCACCAGCUACGAAUGCACCACCGGAUACGAAUGCAUCUCCAGCAUCUUUGACAAAUACUCCUUCCGGAGUGGCUACUCCUGAUAUGUUAAAUACACCGAGUUCGAAAACACUUGCUCCAAACAGUAAUCCAAAUGGAGGUACUCCAAGUACUACAACUUCGUCCUCGGGAACAAACGGCUCACCGUCUGGUUCUCAAACUAACCUCAAAGGAGAUUUGACCACAGUUCCAAGCGACAAUAGAAAAACUAAUGGAGUACUUUUUCAUCCUUAUACGACUUCGACUUACCCCACAGAUAUCCCUAGUUAUUUCGACCAAGGUCUUCCUAAUUAUAAUCCUGAAUCAAUGAGUCCCAACACUGGCAAUGGCGUUCCAAAUAAUAGUCCAUAUGGAGCGAUUCCGACUGUAGCAACGUCGAUCUCUAAUUCAUAUGGUUCUCCAUCUUCUCCUUCCAGAGAUUCAACAGACAACACGGAUGGAGGAGAUUAUGAUUAUAAUGGAAGUAUUAAGUCUGGAGAUAAUAGUGUUUUGAGUAAGUACCGAUCGUCCAGUUCUUUCAAACAUAUGCAAUAUACUGCAGACCAAUACUCCAAUGAUUCUAAUGAACCUGCACUGACAGAAACUAGCGACUAUGAGAAAGAUUUAAUAAUGCAACAAUUAAUUUCAUCAAUGAGCUUACAAGCAACUGAUAAAUCUACAGACAUGCUUGAUAAGUCACCUGGAAAUCAACCUCCUACGUCUAAUGGAAACACAAUAGAUGAUACAUCUAAUAAUGGAGGUUCUGGAACAAAUGCCCCACCAGCUACGAAUGCACCACCGGAUACGAUGAAUGCAUCUCCAGCCUUUGACAAAUACUCCUUCCGACUUGCUCCAAACAGUAAUCCAAAUGGAGGUACUCCAAGUACUACAACUUCGUCCUCGGGAACAAACGGCUCACCGUCUGGUUCUCAAACUAACCUCAAAGGAGAUUUGACCACAGUUCCAAGCGACAAUAGAAAAACUAAUGGAGUACUUUUUCAUCCUUAUACGACUUCGACUUACCCCACAGAUAUCCCUAGUUAUUUCGACCAAGGUCUUCCUAAUUAUAAUCCUGAAUCAAUGAGUCCCAACACUGGCAAUGGCGUUCCAAAUAAUAGUCCAUAUGGAGCGAUUCCGACUGUAGCAACGUCGAUCUCUAAUUCAUAUGGUUCUCCAUCUUCUCCUUCCAGAGAUUCAACAGACAACACGGAUGGAGGAGAUUAUGAUUAUAAUGGAAGUAUUAAGUCUGGAGAUAAUAGUGUUUUGAGUAAGUACCGAUCGUCCAGUUCUUUCAAACAUAUGCAAUAUACUGCAGACCAAUACUCCAAUGAUUCUAAUGAACCUGCACUGACAGAAACUAGCGACUAUGAGAAAGAUUUAAUAAUGCAACAAUUAAUUUCAUCAAUGAGCUUACAAGCAACUGAUAAAUCUACAGACAUGCUUGAUAAGUCACCUGGAAAUCAACCUCCUACGUCUAAUGGAAACACAAUAGAUGAUACAUCUAAUAAUGGAGGUUCUGGAACAAAUGCCCCACCAGCUACGAAUGCACCACCGGAUACGAAUGCAUCUCCAGCAUCUUUGACAAAUACUCCUUCCGGAGUGGCUACUCCUGAUAUGUUAAAUACACCGAGUUCGAAAACACUUGCUCCAAACAGUAAUCCAAAUGGAGGUACUCCAAGUACUACAACUUCGUCCUCGGGAACAAACGGCUCACCGUCUGGUUCUCAAACUAACCUCAAAGGAGAUUUGACCACAGUUCCAAGCGACAAUAGAAAAACUAAUGGAGUACUUUUUCAUCCUUAUACGACUUCGACUUACCCCACAGAUAUCCCUAGUUAUUUCGACCAAGGUCUUCCUAAUUAUAAUCCUGAAUCAAUGAGUCCCAACACUGGCAAUGGCGUUCCAAAUAAUAGUCCAUAUGGAGCGAUUCCGACUGUAGCAACGUCGAUCUCUAAUUCAUAUGGUUCUCCAUCUUCUCCUUAUUAUGAUUAUAAUGGAAGUAUUAAGUCUGGAGAUAAUAGUGUUUUGAGUAAGUACCGAUCGUCCAGUUCUUUCAAACAUAUGCAAUAUACUGCAGACCAAUACUCCAAUGAUUCUAAUGAACCUGCACCGACAGAAACUAGCGACUAUGAGAAAGAUUUAAUAAUGCAACAAUUAAUUUCAUCAAUGAGCUUACAAGCAACUGAUAAAUCUACAGACAUGCUUGAUAAGUCACCUGGAAAUCAACCUCCUACGUCUAAUGGAAACACAAUAGAUGAUACAUCUAAUAAUGGAGGUCCUGGAACAAAUGCCCCACCAGCUACGAAUGCACCACCGGAUACGAAUGCAUCUCUAGCAGCAUCUUUGACAAAUACUCCUUCCGGAGUGGCUACUCCUGAUAUGUUAAAUACACCGAGUUCGAAAACACUUGCUCCAAACAGUAAUCCAAAUGGAGGUACUCCAAGUACUACAACUUCGUCCUCGGGAACAAACGGCUCACCGUCUGGUUCUCAAACUAACCUCAAAGGAGAUUUGACCACAGUUCCAAGCGACAAUAGAAAAACUAAUGGAGUACUUUUUCAUCCUUAUACGACUUCGACUUACCCCACAGAUAUCCCUAGUUAUUUCGACCAAGGUCUUCCUAAUUAUAAUCCUGAAUCAAUGAGUCCCAACACUGGCAAUGGCGUUCCAAAUAAUAGUCCAUAUGGAGCGAUUCCGACUGUAGCAACGUCGAUCUCUAAUUCAUAUGGUUCUCCAACUGGGGAUGAAUACGCUUUUAAGAGAUAUGACGAUUUUUAUGGUGUAUCACAGACUGGAUAUGAAACUCUCACUGAUCAAAUUCCAGAUAAUUAUAAUUUUGGUUUUGAAUAUCAGAAUGAUGAUCAAAUAAAUAUGGAUGAUAGAUUUGUUCCAGUCAAUUAUGAUACAAUAAAAUAUAAUGACGGAGUUAAUACUCCUUUUUUAAACGAAGAUGAAUUUUAUAAUAAUUUUUAUUAUGGAAAGAGUUCUGUUAAUGUUAAUAAUAUGCAGAUUUCCAACGGUGAUUAUGAUCUCUCCAAUUAUGGUAGUAAUGUUGAUGAUUAUUAUGUUAACAAUAAGUAUGAUAAUGGAAAUCAGCCUGAAUAUUCAUAUGAUACAUAUGAAUCUAAUGUAAAUGCUAUGUAUGAAAAUAGCCAGAUGCAGGUUAAUUAUAAGCUACAGAUAUAAAAUACUAUAGUCGGGAGAAUGAAAAGAGACCGCUGGUAAAUAAGAUAGGAACGGUUAUUUUCUUGAAAAACAGGGGCUCUCAAACUGAGUUGUAUAUACCAUGAUAUAAGUUUAUUAUAUCAUGAUAGUAUUAAAUUAUUAUAAUAACAUUGGGAAUCCUUAAUUAACACAGGUUAUUAACACAGUAGGUUAUCCUAACCUACUUACUAUUACUAAUUUUUUUUUUUUUUUGUGUGACUGAUAAGAUGUUAAAUUUAAGUUUAUAAAAAGGUGUAUAAUUGCAUUUAAAGAUAGUUUAAAAAAAUGUAUUUAGCUUUAGAAGUAUAAUUCAUUCAAAUCAUUUUGUUAAAGUUAUGGGUCAAUAUAGAAUCUAAAUAAACCAGUGAACCGAAAUGUACGGUUUUAACAUCAA